AUGAGCGAAUGCGAGACUGAGCCACUGCUUUCACAGAGCGAAGCGAUUCAUGACACCCUUCAGAAUACUCAGAAUGCUGCUUAUCGAACGCUUCCUCUCGCUUUACUUGCCUCUCUCGGCAUGGCAGCCACCACUGCCACUACCAUUUACGCCUAUGCUGACCUCCUUUGUGAGGACCCAACCGACUGCAAAAAUGGUGAGCAAAACGCCUAUGCAGCCGUGGUCGCUAUCGCCAGUGGAAUCGCCCAUGCGAUGGCCAUUCUGAUUCUCGGGCCGAUGGAGCAACUCAUCCAGAAACAUUUACGAGCCGGCCUGUUGACCUGGAUCGUGUGUCGCGCAACCAGUGUAUUGUGCAUUGUCAUCGGAGUUUCCAUUCGUAGUGUCACCAUCGCAGUGUCAGGACGCAUUUUCGAGGGGCUUGCGUCUGACAACCUGCUUCACUUCAACCUCAACACUAUCUACGUUUCUAUAACGUCGCCAUCCUCUAGUCAAGAAACUUCACAACUUAUCGCCACUUCCCUCGGACUGUAUAUGCUAGGGACAGCUGUCGGCCCCCUUGCGGUAAGCAUCUUUCAGAGCUACACAGCAAGCUUCACCGCAGCCUUGGCCAUCUUCAGCGUAGCGCUGGUAUACCUGGUCACCUUUGUCCGUGUACCAGCUGUGCAAGCCGUGCCCCAGAUGCAAACAUAUUCCAAGAUUCCUUCAGGCCUCAAUGUCCUGCUCUCUCCACUCCGAUCAUUCCUCGACAAUCCCCGCGCCAUCCCGUAUGGCCUCUCCCUGCUGCUCUACACCACCGUCCAAGCCCAUCUCUUCCCCGCAAUCAUGGUCUUUGCAUCGGUACGGCUGCAUUUCGGCUCUUUUCAGAACGGCCUGCUUGUAACCACCGCCGCUGGAUGCGCUGCCGUGCACCUUCUACUCAAAGUGUUCAUCCUGCCCGGCGUGCGACGGCUAAGGCUGAACUCGGACAGGCUCACAGACCGCUCUGCAGUACUCGGAGCCCUAGCCAUACAGAUGCUCGCUCUGGUAGCCAUCACGCAGGUCCAGAGCGCUGGCCAACUGUACUUGGCUGUGUCAGUUGCAGCAGCUGGGUUAUCCCUGCCGGCUUUCUUCAAGAGUUAUUUCAUUUCGUUCAUGCCCGAUGCGUCUCGCGCAAUUACAGCAUUGACCUUUAUGGAGAAUUUUGGAGGUUUGAUGUCGCCGUUUGUGCUUGGGAGCUGGCAGUCUGUUGCUCCUGGACCUUCUGUAUUUGGUUUUGCAGUUGCGUUGCUGGGAGGUUGA